CGUCGUACUCAAUCGGAGCCAACCGUGACCCGUGCCUCGACUGUCAUUACACGUAGCGAUCUUAUCGCCACCAAAGCAUCGACACCUCUUUCAUUACCGCCUAACCUCUCCUCAUUGAUAUACACCUCCUCUUCUUCAACCCAGCAUCCAAACGCUCGGUCGAGUUCAGCUCAUUCACGUCUGACACCACAACGCAGAAGUCAUUCACCGACCAUAUCGGACGUUGUUCAGUUUCGCAAUCGAAUAGGAGCACUGAGCGAUUUCCUCAGAAACCCUCGACAUGUUAGUUUUAUUUCAUUUCUCUCUCUGAGGAUUAGUACGUAA